GUUGUGCCCUGGAGUAAGGUUAUUGAAAAUGACACUUCAUCUGUCUGCAGUGAAAAGCAUUUUGUUAUUGGUAUUCUCUUCUGUAUCUGGCCAACAACCCAAGCAAGUCGUACUUGGACAUCCAGUCACUCUUUAUUGUGAUGGAAAAGCUAGGUCAUAUGAUGAGUUUGAAAUCACAUGGAAAACCCCAUAUCAGUUGGUGGCUAAAUUCUCUAAAGGACAUUUCAGCUAUGGCCCUGGUUUUGAAAAUAGAGCACGUUUUGACAAUGUUCACAGUAAAGGAGGAUUAUCUCUUCACAUCAAUCCCACUGUCUUCAGUGACACUGAUAUAUACAGUUGUUUCUCUGGGGCAGACUUGAUAAGGACAUGGAACUUGGUAGUGACUGUGUCACCAACUAAAGAAGUAAACAUAAUUGAGAGAGGCACAGUUACUUUGCCUUGCUAUAGCCUCAUCGACAGACAGCUGGCUAAUGACAAAUUCAGCGUCCAGUGGAGGAAAGAUGGAAAAGUGCUGCUGAACCUAACCGAAGGAACAACACAUCAUUACCCAGACUUUGAUUACAGGGCAAAUAUUUUUCUGGAUGAGAUUCGCAAGGGAGACUUCUCUUUGGUCAUAAAAAACAUUGAAAUGACUGAUGAAGGAAACUAUGAAUGUUUUACUAAAAAUGACAUAGGACAUAUUUUGAGUUCUGUUAAAGUCCAUGUGAUUAAAGGUGUAGACCAUGGUGAACGUCGACGUGUGUUGCAUAAUACAGGAGAUUCUUUCACCUUUUAUGUGUCUAACGAUGUUGAAAUCCAAUUCCUCACAGAAAAAAUAGGUGUUAAAAAAACGGUUUGCAAAAUUAGAGAGACUGGUGCAGUGUGUCACGAGUAUGUACAGGAACGUAUUUCCAUACAACAUGGGUAUUUAACUCUGAAAGAUUUGACCAAGAACGAUGAAGGUACCUACAGAGUAGUGUACACCAAAGACAAUAUCAUGACAGAGAUUGUUCUUGAAGUGAGGCGACUUCCCUUGAUAGGAUUAAUCCUGAUCACUAUGCUAUGCAUACUGCUGGUAUUUUUUCUGCUUAGUUUCUUACUUAUAAGAAAGAAGAAGAAGCAGAAGUGCAGAAGUACUCCACUGAUGUCAUGAAAUGGAUUACUAUGAAAAUAAAAUUUAUGAAAAUAAA